AUGAUUGAUUGUCAGCGUAGGGAUAGUCUAAAAGUUGACACACUAUACGGGUCGUCACUAUUCCGGAAAAACCAUAUACUCGAUGGAGGAGUAACUGAAUACCUAAUCAUUACUAAUAUAACAAAAGUGUCCCAUUGUUUGAUUUAUUGUAAUCAAUAUAAGACACAAUGCAAAUCAUUUAAUUUCGGUAACAAUACGUGUAUCUUAAUGACUGACUCGGUCUGCGCUAACGAGACAUUACUAUUGACACCAAAACCGGGAUUUGAUUACUUUGAUAUCAUGGAUACACCAGAAUUUGAGCGAAAACAUCUAAAAGACGGAUAUUGUCAGCAAAUGGGCAAAUGUUCGGGUCAUUGCUAUCCUAGAAAACCUCAUUAUGUGGACACACCGAUGACAUGGACUGAUGCCCGACAAUUUUGUCAACAGUUAGGCCGAUCGCUACCUCAGCCGCGAACUAUAGACGAAAAUGCAUUUUACGGAAAAUUUAUCAAACAAUUACUUUCAAUGCAACCAAACAUUAGAAGCGAUCCUAAUAUGAAAUAUUGGUUUGGAUUAAGCGAUCGGGAAUUAGAGAGCGUCUGGAUGUAUAUCGAUGACACUCCAGUGUCCGAUAGCUUCUCCGCCUGGGCUUUGGGACAGCCCGACAAUGGCGGGCCUUUUGGUCGACAUAAAGAAGAUUGCGGUGCAAUCAGUGAAAAAUCUCAAUACAAAUGGCUUGAUAUCAAUUGCAAAGAAAAAUUGAAAUUUUUUUGUGCAUAA